AUUCUCGAAUACUUUUAUCAAAUUAUUAUUAUUAUUUAUAAUAUAUUUUUGGCUGGAAAUUGCUGACAAUGAAACGUCUCUUCGACUUCUCAAUCAUCAAAACUCUCUGGGCCGCUCGUCUUCAGUCACUUUUCGAAUCAAUUUUCGGUGGAAAAUCUGUGACGAAAAGCAUUGAGAAUCAAGCACAAAUUCUUAAAACUCCAAAAGUCUCAAAUUCGAAUCCAUCGGCACCGAUUAAAAGAGAAAUGCACUCGUCAAGUGUUUUAAAGGCAGCUUCAUUCCGUAAACCGAUGAUCAAAUUCGUCGGUGCUCGCCUCCCUCGUCCAUUUUUUGAUGCAAAAUCUCUUCCACCACUUCAAAUUUCUGGAAAUUUCCCAUCAGCUGUAACCAAGACGGCUUCAUCUUCAACUCCAACAGCUUCAUCAAUCGGCCCAGUUGGAAAGAUUCCACGUGGACAAGGUAUCGAAUGGAAUCAAUUGCCACAAAGAUUCCAAAGGCAAGGAAUGUCUGAAGAAGAGUGUGAGGCUGUUAAUACUGGCUUCUUCUACAGAGGAUAAACAGAAAUGGAGUACACUUGCCACAAAACUUUAAACAUUUUAAUUGUCGCUUUCUCACCUCUUCUCGGUUAAAAAUAUCAUCUAUUAGUGAAAGAUUGAUUACUUUAGUUCGAAUAAAUGAGUUUUUUCGA